AUGGAUCGCUCGAGGUACAUGAGCGCACCGCCGGCUGCCUCGUCCGGUUGGGCAUCUGGUGAUGCACGCAGCAAUCUCGCUGUUCAACCUGCAGCUUAUGCUGGCAAGUUGAAGCUCAAGAAGAACGCCGUCAAGAUCGUCGGGGCUGCGGGACCAAUUCCUACGACCCCGUCGCGAUUCGCACCGCCCGCCCCGUCAGUGACAUCAUCGCCAGCUCCAGGCUCAGUCAAGACCAUGCCCCAGGCUGUUGAAGGACCAGCGAACGCCAGUACCUCUAGAGCGUCCAAGCCCGGUCCCCUUCACAAAGAGGGCGCAGCACUUGCUUUGACUGCUCCUACAUCGAAAGUGGUUCCGUCCACCAAGGAGGUCGUGAGAGCUACAACUGAUGCCAUGGACGAAGAAUCCGCAAUGGAUGCACUUUACGCUCGCCUUAAUAGCAAAACCAUUCUGGGGCCUCGCACACCCGUAGGUCCCACGGUAGCAAGACCUGGCCAAACUGCAUUCUCGUUUGGUGCACGUCUUGCUGAGGCCAAGGCAGAUAAGAUCAAGACGGAUAAUUCAGAGGCUGAGAAGGGAGGCAUCCAGAAGUCUCCCGGUAGCAAGACCGCAGAACCGAGACAAGACAAGCUAGAGAGUGAGUACAUGCGUAAGGCGACUGAGUACAUCCAGGCGCUUCCGAACAGCACGGGAAACACGGCAUAUCUCGUCAAGGCCAUGUCAAGGAAGCUCCACGACUCAUACACGUCAACCACCAAGGUAGAUGCUGGAAGCAACGAAGCUCUCAAGGCACGUCUAGCAUUCGCAGUCGCCAACUAUCUCAAUAAGAUAUUGAAGAAGCGCCCGGAGUCACGUACAGCCGACUCAAUCAAACAAACGCUUGGGGAUAUGGAUGGAGAUUUUCUCCGGCUGUGUGCCAAGCUCGUGGACGAGGGGUACGUCUCCUUGGAGACACUGACUGAAGUAUCUGGUAUCGUCGCCGCCAUGCGUGAUGUUCUGCCCAAGCCAGAGCAACCUACCACCACGUCGGUGGAAGCGCCUUUGACGCCAGCACGUUCUGUUGCGAUGGGCUCUGAGAACAGCAAGCCCAUGUCCAAGGACCCAGUGGAUAGCAUGCAGGGAUGGCCGACCCAGGAGAAGCGCGAGAAUCCCGCUGCACAUCGUACGUGCAUCUUGAAGGGUGUUGGGGGGAUUACCAGUAUCAACCAGUUGCAGGCUCUUGUAUGGGGUGGCAAGCUUGAGUCCAUUUCCAUGCCAGAGCCGGGCUCCUCGAACGCUCUUGUCAAGUUUCUUACACCCGAGGCAUGCGACAAGUAUCACAAGGACACUGCAAACGGAAUCGAGAUAGUGGGCGAGAUGAAGAAAGCAGUUGUCUUCGUGGAGAAGGCUGAGGGACCAAACUCUAUCAACGAUGUCAUCCGCAACUGCAUCGAUGGCGAAGCGUCACGCUGCGUGCGAGCUAUCGGCACUAACGAGCACAACGAAGCGGCUCUUAUGAAGCUCGCUCGGGGCAAGAGCGUUAGCAAGCGCGACGUUGAUCGUAUCAAGAGCGGAAAGACCGCCCGUGGUCAUUCGUACGUCGAGUUCCGCUUUGCAAACAUCUACAACGCUCUCAACUUCAAGCGCGAACUCGUGGAUAGUGAGGACUGGGAACAUUGCACCAUUGGCUAUGCACCCGACCCGUGUGAGCUAGCUAAGGGUGUUCACUACAAGGAUGCGAAUGAGAAAUAG